UGCUGUACUAUUGUAGUAGUAUAUCUGAACUGCACCGUGUGAAUAGAGCGACUCCCCGAAAGUCGACGUUUCGGCGUCUCCCCCUCCUUUCCCCAUCGACAACUCAAUCGCCGGAAGGAAAAAAAGCACCAACCAGCUCCCUUGCCACCCUCCGCCUGCCCCGGUGAGGCCGACCAGGCCGCCCAUCCUGCCGCCGGCGAAGGCUGUUGGACGGUCAACGAGCGCGAGCGCACGCACGAAUUCGUCACGCCCGCGACCCCCACUUCGACCAUCAUGGCCACCGCCGACGUCGCCGCAGCAGCAGCAGCCCGUGACGGGCAGACAGCCCUCGCGCUCCGCCUCGCCAAGCACCUCGCCCCAAACGACGACAACGACACCGCAGGCGCCGGAAGCGGCGGCAACGUCGCUUUCUCGCCGGUGUCCGUGCACGCGGCGCUGGCUCUAGUGGCCGCGGGCGCGCGCGGCGCCACGCUGGAGCAGCUGCUCGCCUUCCUCGGCGCGCCAUCGGCCAAGGUGCUCGCCGACUUCGGCCGCCGUGUCUCCGACCGCGUCCUCGCCGACCGGUCCGACUCCGGCGGGCCGCGCGUGCUCUUCGGCGGCGGCGUCUGGGUGGACGCCUCCCGCGGCGGGCUCGCCGAAGCUUUCUGCGACAUCGCCACCGAGUCCUACAAAUCCGAGGCGCGAACCGUGAGCUUCACCGAGGAGCCCGCGGAAGCUGUCGACAUGAUCAACGAGUGGGUGAAGAAGGCCACGGACAACCUCAUCGACAGCGUCAUCUCCGCCAGCGACGUCGACGCAGAUACCGACCUCGUGCUCGCCAACGCGGUCUACUUCAAGGGCGAGUGGCUGGUGCCGUUUCAGCCCUACUGCACGAGCCCGGGCACGUUCCACCUCCUCGACGGCGGCCACGCCGAGGCGGAGUUCAUGCCAAGGUUUGCCUUGAUGCAGGUCGCGUGCAUGGACGGUUUCAAGGUGCUCAAGCUCCCCUACAUGCCCGGGCGGAAGGAGGCCCCUGGGGCAGGGCUGCCGCUCAAGCGCCGUCGUGGCCAGGGUGGCGAUGAGGAAGCCAAGGCCUCGCCGUGGCCAAACGCCGCCGAAGUCACUCGGUACUCUAUGUUCGUCUUUCUCCCGGACGCGCGUGACGGCAUCGCGGCCAUGGUGGACGUGGUCACCGUGGCGCCGGCGUUCCUCUACGGCAUCUUGGCCGAGAUGAAGCAGAAGUAUGUCAACCUGAAGCUGCCCAAGUUCCAGAUAACCUUCAACUGGGGCAAACUCGACGACGCCCUUAGCCGGCUGGGGCUCUCACUGCCGUUCUCACCGGUGGCCGCCGACCUGCGGGGCAUGUGCAAGGGGGACGACAGUGACGGUGGUUCACGGCAGCCGAUGUUCCUGAGCAAGGUUGCGCACAGGGCGGUUGUUAAGGUGAACGAGUCUGGAACUGAGGCUGCGGCAGUGACCUUUUGCAUGCGUGGUGGCGGCUACCCAUCAGACACUGUCGAGUUCAUCGCCGACCAUCCAUUCACCUUCUUCAUCAUGGAGGAGCGGUCCGGGGUAAUCGUGUUCGCGGGGCACGUCCUUGAUCCCACCAAGUGAUCAGCAUCAAGAAUCAAUAAAACCGACCAUAGCCUGCUCCUCAAUGUCACAAACCGUUGCUUCUUCGAUCGUCUCAGCUGUUCUAGUUAGUUAUUAUAGUAAUUUCUGCAUGCUAAGUACUGUUUUGUUGCUAUAACUUUGGUGUUACUCUUCAGAAAAUACAUUCGGUUUGUUGGUUCCUUUAAAUGAUUGCAUAGGCUACCGCAGGAUGUUUUUUA